AUGGAUCUAAUUUCAGCAUUCAUACUAGUAGUCAAUAUUGCGACGCUUAUCGAUAUCUGUGUGAAGGUCGUUGGCGUCUACAAAGAUGGCCUGAGCGUGAACAAUGCCCGACUCGCCGAGACUGCUGGCGAGAUGAAAGACUUGUGGCAACGUCUCAAAGACGCCCCUCUCUUGAAACAACCCACCAUUUCCGGAUCUCUGGAGACAAAUCUCCAGGAUUGUGCUCGACGGUGUAUCGAGAAGGCAGCGGCGCUUCGGAAAGAGCUAGAUCUGCCAGCAGCGUCAAAUUCGAGGCGACAACGCGCUGCCAAAAGUGUCAGGCUCUUGUUUUCGAGAAAAGUAUCUCAGCUUGAGCAGGAUUUGAGGGAUUUGAAGGCCGAGCUGGAUACAAAAUUGCUGGUUAGCCUACGAGACAAGAUCGACUUCAGCGGAGUAGAACAAAAGGAUCACUCUAAAGCGCUUGAUGCUUCAAUUCAGAAUCUUUUCGUGCGGUUUCGUGACAGUCAGACCAAGUCUUGGGAAUUGGUAUUGGAUCGGAACACUGGACGUAUAUUAGACAGCAUUGAUGAUAUACGGAAGAAACAGAUCGAAGAUGAGACUCGUCGGGAUCUAAAACAACGCAAGAAUAUUAUACUUGAUAGUUUGCUGUACGGAAACCCAUUCACCCGCAAGAAUGAUAUCCUCAGCAAGCACGACGGAACCUUUGAGUGGAUAAUCGACGAGAACUCUGGAAGCGCAUUCUCUAGCUGGAUUAAGUCUGAUAACGGCAUCUUUUGGAUUCAGGGAAAGCCUGGUUCGGGGAAAAGUACCCUGAUGAAAUUCAUAUCUGGGAAUCGAGUCGCGAAGUUCCUUCGGCAAUCCGUAUCAGCGAAGACACCUCUGAUAAUUUCAUUCUAUUUUUGGCUCGCGGAUAGUGUGAAGAUGCAAAAUACUGAGAAAGGGCUACUUUGUUUUCUGCUUGCUCAGUUCUUGGAAUCGCAUUGGCCACUGGACUCCAGCUAUCUUACGGAUGUGAAGUUACGGCAGAAGAAGACACAAGGGAAAUGGGACCUACCGGAGCUGAGAUCGCUGCUGCUUAUAGCGGUAGACAAAGUCUUCGAGCAUCAGUCCGUAUUCAUUUUCAUUGAUGCGCUUGACGAAUGCCAAGCUGAUGAUCUUUCCGGUGUAAUCGACAUUAUCAAGGUUCUAUCAGAACAUGGUGUCAAAGUUUGUGUCUCUUCUCGGCUUGAACAACGAAUUCUCAAAAGACUCGAGCUCAUAGCUGCAGAGGCGUUGAGAAUCGACUUGCACACAAAGGGCGACAUUGCAAAUUUUGUCAACGACAUAUUUGGCACCAUUUAUCUUGAUCCCGAAAUCCUAAGUGGCAACGAGUUGGGCCAGUUAGCGUGGCUAAUCAUCGAUCACGCCGACGGAGUGUUUCUGUGGGCUACGCUGGCCGCCAAAGACGUUCUGAGGGGUAUUAAUAGUGGGGAUCACUUCGAUCAACUCUAUCAAAGAGCGAACCAACUGCCGAGUGAUAUUAAUGCCUUGUAUAAAGAUGCUCAGGCUACUCAUAUAGGUGCUCAAUUCGCUUUCUCCAUUGAUACUCCCAAUGGGGCUCGUUAUUCCUUUGCCACAAGGGAAAUCUUUGCAAAGUGCAAUGCCUCUGAUGGCUACCUAAAGGUUUGGCUGUUCUAUUGA